UCAGCACUUUUGUGCAUUGCCUUGGAACUCUUACAUGGUGCUAAGGUACUGAAUAUGUCGUGAAGCGAAGUAGCAAGUUACGAGCUGUAUGGCUAAAGACGUUUCAGUGGAUGAAAAGCAAUAGCAAUUCAAUCAACUUGACAUAAGCUUAAGCUUAACUCAACUAUGGAAGAGAAAACCGACUGGGCCAAGUUAUCGAAAAAGGAGCUACAGGAAAUGCUACGAAGGCAGGAAAAGUUAUUGGCUAACAAGUAAGCUUUUCCAAUUAUUGUCUACAAUCUACGUGUAGCUGGGAGUUCUUGAACAUAAAGGUCGACGCGUUCGAAUACAGACGUGUAAUUUGUACUCCCAUCCAUCUUCAUGUUACAUGUUCACAAAAAUAUCUUUAUUGCGCUUUGAAGAUGCACGAAAGUGUCAAACAUUAUUUUAACCGGUACUUUAUAACUACAGAAUACAGGGCCGAUUUCCUGGGUAUACAUUCGUUGGGGUGGCUCGGCGGCUUGGCAGUCACUGGACCUCGCUGACAGCCACCGAGCCACCAAGCCACUAAAACAUUACAUAUACCUUUCACUCUAGAUUCGAGAUUGCUUCGAAUCUCUCAAUUAAAGAAACAUUUUGUCUUCUUUUAGGGGAAAAAUGGAAAACAGCUCAUAGGUUAUCUAAACAGGCACUUUCAAUUUACAAGAAAAAAAAUUGUUUUUAAAUUUUUUCUUAAAAUAAGAAAUCUCAAAUUUAGAGUGUUUCUUGUUUUUUACCCCUUUGAAUGCCAAGGACGUAUAUAUGCCUCCUAAAAGACAUGUCCCCACUACUGAGGACAUAUAUAUACGUCCUCUCUGCACCAUAGUUUUAUUUCUUCUGGUUGCUCAGCAUUUUUGUCCAUGGUUGUUUGAAAGGGUCUGAGAAAGAAUAAUGUUAAUCACUGACCAGAAUGUUUUUUAAGGAAGUUAUCGAAAGUUACAUCACAAGUUGAUGUUAUGUUGUGAAGUAUUGAAAGAAGCUGUCAUGAUAGUUGUGACUACCUUGCCAAGUCACUUACAUUUACUUGUUUAAGGCAAGAAUACAACAAAAGAGAAGUUAUAAAGCAUUAAAAUUCUUAAAUUGUGAAAAAUACAUUUUCUUCAAAAAAUCCAAUAUGGCUGCUGGUCGCUGGAUGUAUACAUCCUUGGCAUUCAAAGGGUUAAGAUGCCAACCUCGACUGAUGAGCCACCUAGCUGCAGCUGAGCCACUAAAUCAUAUACCUUUCUUGUUCUUUAAGAUGCUAAAAAGAAGAAGGGUAACCUCGACUGGGGAGCCACCAAGCCGCCUUUUCUCAUUCUUUAAGACUCUAACCUCAACUGAUGAGCUAUCGAGCCGAUGAGCCACUUAAAUACAGUCGAAUCCCGCUUUAUGGACACCUGCUCAAUACAGACACUUCUCUAUUACAGAUAGUUUGCCUUGUCCCUUGGGAAAUGAAGCCUUUACAUUUUCUCUAAAUUCAGUCCACUUAAGGUCUCAGUAAAGGAAAACGAGGUGCCCACAGAAAGGGUGUGAGGAAAUUUCCGAUUUCCCUUUGUAACUCAUUUUAUGUCAGUUUCUUUGGGUAAAUCGCGCUCGAGAUUCGACUUUUUAGUUUGAAAUACAAUAAUUCCGCUAAUACGAGACAUAUGCAAAUUUCCUCACACCCUUUUUUAGGUCUUUUAUCUGUCAAUCAGAUGCAAUAAAAAGGAAGUGAAUAUUUAACAACACGAAAGGGCUGGAGCUUCAGCAGUAAACUCAAUACCUCUGAGUUCGAGAGCAAAAAACUUAAGCGCCUUUUGAAAUUUGAUGAAAUAAAAUCUUUUAUAAGGUAAUUUAGUCUUUUAGCUUUAAUUUGAAAUAUAACUUGCCUUUGUAGCGAAAAUACUCGCGCGACUAGAAUUUUUUUCUAUGGGCACCUCGUUUUCCUUUACCGAGACCUUAAUACAUAAUGUACAGACACCCUGUUAAUACAGAUACUUUCUAUGGCCCCCCUCAGUGUCCAAAUUAAUGGUUUUAGCUGUGUAUACCUUAACCUCUUUUUUUGAAAUUGUUUAUACUUAUAGAUGUCUUUCUUAUGUCUGUCUUACACUUGUAUGUCAUAUCUUUCUCCUUAACACUUGAACACUUGACUAGUGAGUGACUGAGCCACUUCUGCUGAAAAUGUUCUGAUAUGGCCCUGUGUUCUGUAGUUGCUCCUAACUGUAAUUCUUAUUUUUCCAUUUUCAAGAAAAUUCUUACAAAGCCUUCCAGACCGAGGAAAAAAGGUUAUAGAGACAGUGGCAAAACUGAAAGAGUUAAUUGCUAGAAGGGAACAACUAGAAGACACUAUGGCACAGUUUGAGAGGAUGACAGUAUCACGACUUGUUCAGAAAACACAACUUGAAAUAUUGGACAGUGAUGACAGUGAUGACGAUAUCUCAGAUACAAGAUAUGAUGGUGUUGUCAGCCCUUCUAAAGGCAACAUUGAUUCUUUAAUAAGUAAAACAACAAGCGUAAACAAAGAAACUGAUAGCAAUCCCAAAACAACAACUCACAUUAGCAAAUCAGAAAGUAAACAUUCAAAUAUGAACUCCACUGGAAAAUGGGAUUAUGAAUCAUCAGCAACACCCCCACAGUACAAGUUACAGGUACGGCAAAUCUAUGUGAAUUUGUUUUUUAUAGGGUUCUCAAUAAGAGCCAGUGGCCGCUGAAAUUCGGUGGCUAUUUCACGUGAACUCGCCACCUACUUUUCUUUGGAAAUUAUCCCCCCAAAAGCCAAAGGUUAAUGAUGUCUGUGUUCUGUGCAAAUACUCUAAUUUUUGCUCCAGAAUGCUGGAAAUGCAAUCCAACAGGCCCAGAUUUCAAAAUUUUUCUAGUGGGCAUGUGCAUGCCCCUGGACCCCCUAGUAAAAUAAUUGCACUUUUGGUGCUCGCAAGUCACACCUGUGGCAUGAAUUUUGUCCUUCUCCGCCUUCUCCAAAGCUUUUGCCACCUUGACCUACUUAAAACCUCAUGGAAAACCCUGUUUUUAUAAAGAUAUUAUGCUUUAAAUGUGAGUGGAAUAUUCAUACAAUUGAUUUUAACCUAGGUUAAUACCUGUUUCACUAAAUGAUUCUGGGAAACUGCCAACUCUAAACCAACAUAACACGUACUUCUCAGUUGGGGGGACUUUGAUUUAGGGGAGGGGUGGGUGAGCUGUUUGCCAGAAUGUUUUAUACUGACCUGAAAUACCAUAUUUCCUGUUAUAUGGCACCUGGAUGCUUAAUAAAUAUUUAGGAGGAGUGCUUAUUGGAAGGAGGGCACUUAAUCAAGUGGGGGGUACUUAUUAAGUUAUCCUCCUGUUGGUAAUCAAUAUAGGAAAGGGAAAGGGGCACUUAUUCAAGAGAGGUGCUUGUUUGAUAUUUUGGGCUUGGGUCAGUUGCUUAUCAGCUAGAGGGAACUUAUCAAAGCAUGGGUGCUUAUUUGAGGGUAUACAGUACGCAUAACAGUAAAGAAGAAUAGUUUCAUGAUACAACUAAAUUCUUUGCGAGUUCUACGUAAUAAAAUCAUUUUAUUGUGUUAUUGAGGAGUUAGUCACCAAUGACAGUACAGCUCGUAUACAAGCAUCCACAUUAAUGCACUUCAAACUAGUUGGCGAGAAGUUCGUUAACGUGAGUCCAUUUACCUAACGUGCUUCAAAAUUGGGGUUGCAUCAGAACUGAUUAGUAUGUAUGAGCUUGACUAUUGUUCCUGGUUUAUUGUUGUUGCAACAGCUGCAACAAAAGGCUUAACAAUGUCUAAAGGACUCGGUGAAUACUGUCACAGGGUUUCGAUGCUAUACAGUAAUCGUUGCUUGACUUCACGAUACGAAGUAGAAGGAAAGACAAACAAACAGAUAAACUUACUUGAAUACUGAGUUUUGAGUAAUCUUCUAACUUCUCUCACGUCAGAAAAAACUUUCUACUCUGUAAAAUAACAAACUACUCAGCUAACCAUAGUUAUUAGAGGAGACUGGUUAUGAAAAGCAGCAAACGUCAAUGAUAAGAACAACAGUGCUGCAGUUUAUGUUGAAAGUACUGUGAAAGUGCACAAUCCUUUGUUUUCUGUUGGCAAAUUGUUACGGAAUAAAUUAAUGCAACGUUUUUAUUGGUCAAUACAAUCAAAAUGAUAGGAAUUCUUUUGAACGUUGUGCACUUUCAGGUCCACAAAAACAUAUAACAAAGGAGUCUGAUGGGUUUCAUAACCAUUCCACUCAAUUAACUAUGAGCUAACGUAACUCACAGAAAGAACUGCUUAAUAUGAAUUAAUUGGAGAUUGUUGGUGGGAGUUUUGUGUUCCCUGUUUAAACUCAGAAUGUUGCUCUAAAAUGUUUUACUAUUGAUGAGACAGUAAUAUCAACAGCACAAUGUUUAAUAUUGACUUUUCUUCUCAGAAAGCAAAACCUCUUUCCUUGGAUGAAUCCUCCAAGCUUUUACAAGAUCAAGAAAAGAAACAUAAGGUGGGUUAUAUUAUUUCUCAAUUUUUUUUUCCAUGGGUAUAUAGAGGGAAGGUGAAAGUCAUUAAUAAUUGUAUCCUAUAAACUCAAGAGAUAAUGAGGAAAGUCAAGCAGUGAAUAUCUAGAAUCUAGACACGGACAUCCCUCCCCCAACACCACGCGAACAAAAAAGAGAGAAUAGUUUUGUUGUAUUGCCGAGGGACCAGAGAGGUGAGAUUGGAUGUCAGCGUGUUAAGACACGCUAUGCAUCCUCUUUGGCCCAUCUUUGAUCUCACCUCUCCUCUGGUCGGAUUAGACCAUGACACCAGGGCCUUUGUACAGUGGCGGAUCGAGGGGAGGGGCACAGGGGGGCCAGGCCCCCCUUUAUUUUUAGACCAAACUGAGGCCCAAAGGGCUGAAAUAAUUUUUUUUGAGACCGUCCCCCCCUUAUCUCAGAGUCUGGAUGACUGGGUUCCCCACUGAUGUACCCCCACUCUUUCUGAACAAUGUCACUAGUUCUUUUAUGUCCCCUUCCAACUGGUUUGUAAGGGUGACGGAUACAAGGCCAAGGGUUAACUUUACCACCCAAUAAUGCAAUCAUCUGAACUGAGAAUAGGUUUUGACCACAGCUUGCAUGAUCUCACCAGGUUUUUUUAAGAUCUUGGUUGGUGGUCCAGCUGAGGUUAAAACUCAUGGCCACCCAUUCAGUAGACCAGCACUCUCUUAACUGAGCUAACCACCAAAGAAUCAACAGCAGGAAAAAUCUGGGGAAACUGGGCUUCUUUGUCAUGAAUAGUAAUAAUAUUAUAAUUUUUGAUUGAGAUUAAUAACUAUGGGUAUAAAGCAGUCUGGGUGAAAGAUGCAUGAAAAUACAGUUGGUUUAAGGUGCCUAGACUCAUCACCUUGAAAGCCACCAGAAAUCAUCCUUCUCACCCAAAACACUCACCUUGUCACUCCUUCCACCAGCGCUCUUCCUUUUUUAAAUUUAAUUUCUCGCAAAGCAAGUUUAUAGUUUUGUCACGCCCACAGCGCGUGGAUUUUGCCAGGAUUGCAAGUGGAGUGCUAUGGUCAUAAAUCUUUCUAUCAGUCUGAUAUCCGGAGUUGCCUAGCAACAAUGUCGCAAUUAAGCUCCAAUUGACGUCAUUCAGUCUAACUUCAUGUCUAGGUGCAAUGUUUAUUGUUACUGAAUGGUAACCAAAUCAUAGCUGUACAAUGCCGACAGCAAUAGAUUUUGCAACGGUUUCAUUGUUAGACACUUUGAAAAUAUCGCCUUGUCGGCCAUAUGUUCUUAAAAUGCAACGUAAUGAGUUGAAGUACGGCUUUUAACCGUCAAAACCCUGCUUAUUUUCCUCGAAUAUACAAGUGUAUUUUGAAUUCUUGAUAAAUACAGCUCUACCAGCUUCAAAUAGUGUCUAUCGGCAGAAUUUCAUGGGCAAAAACGCUAAACAUAAUUAAUUUAAGAUUUACGUUUAACACUUGGUUUCGUUGCGCAAUACGUUAAUGGUCCGGGGUUCGACUUCCGUCGAAGGAAACGUUUUCUUCUUUUCUUUUCUUUUGGUCGUUUUGAUUUUGUUUUCUUUCUUUUUUUGAACAUAUUUUACCUUUUGGCUGAUUUCAGUUUAUUCAUAUUGCUUCUCCUCAUCACAGCUUCGCGAGGUGUUGCAAUAAACUUAUUUCUAGGAACGAUUCACCUGUGUCAGGAAAUAGGAUAGAUUCUUCAUUAUACAAUGUGCUCUAGCUUCAAACUGAAAUUUAUUUGUCUAAAAAAACCUCCCCCCUCUGGCCUGGGCUAUCCACCAGCACUGACUAAGACGACAGGUUCCCUCAAGACACUCUUGCUGAAGGCUACGGGGUUGACACAAAUUCCAUUUGCAGGAACUUCAAGCGCAGCAUGCAACUCUCAAGUUAAAAGAGCAAGGUUUCCUUGGUGUUACAGACAGCCACAGACCUUUUCAAACUGUACAGAACCCUCUGCGGUAUCCUUUUUUAUUUUAUGACUGGUUGAGUGAGUGGGCAUGAUGAAGUGAAUGCUGCACUCUGAUUGGCUAUCGUAGAGGGCAAAACUGGCCUAUCUUGUGCACCUGGGAUUUCGGGUCGACCUGCACCGAUUCCAGACUGGGGUUUGUGAUUGGCUGGGAAAACAAUAGGGAUGGUGACAUAACAAUGCCCCUAUCCCUGAAAACAAUAGGUAGUGCAGGUUAUAGGGACCAAUGAAAUGAGAGGUUUGGAAGGGUGCUGGUCAAUAGGGGAUUUCUGCUUUGUCUCUGAACAGAUUUUGUUUGGGCUAUAUCAUAAAGCCUAGUAACAAACUUGUGCCAAAACUUUGAAAAUUUUGAGGUGUACUUUCAAGACAGUUAAAAUAAAAUGAUAAUCAUUUCACAAGUAUUGUGAUGAGGUGCAAGGUUUGUAAAGGACACAGAACUUUGUGGUGAAGUUUGAGCUGUUAUAUUUACAUUCCGUCUUUGUUUGAUUGUCAUGAAGACGUUAGUCCUUGAGCCUCAGUGAGGAAACGGAUACAGCCAGUAUAAUUAAUCAUCAAAAAAUUAGUAUACUGUCUGAGAUUAACACUGAUUUUUUUUUUUCGACUGGAGGCCCCGGGGAGUGGGGUACUCCGUAUACUGGUUUUUAUGGAGAGGCUCCGCCCAAAAGGGGUACCUACUCCAGCCUUCACGUAUAUGAAAGGGUAGAGAUUUCAUUAGUUGAAGUAUAUUAAAGGUAGGGAAAUCUGUCAUUUUAGCCUGGAAAAGGGCCAAAAAGGGCUUACGGAGGCAUUUUAUGGAUGUGGAAGAGACAAGAAAACUUCCUGGUUUAGUGACUUAUUCACACUGUAUUAAAAAGACGGUGCAUUUUAAAGCAACUCAGGCACACAGAUGUUGACAGUCUAUCAUUGAUCCAAUUUUCUUGUGCCUGUAUUAGAUCAGUCCUUGAGUAUACUUGUCAAUCAUUUCAUCAUCUACCUGCAUAUUUAUCGGAUCGAAUGGAGCAGAUCGUUGAGAAUUAUCCUAAGCAUACAUAUAGGGGAGCGCUGGUUUUAUCAUGCUUGACAACCUUUUUCGUCAGACAAGAACAGUUUUGUAAUAAUCUGUUUAAUCAGAUAGUAGGGAGCGAGUGGCAACACAAUCUCUCUAGUUUGCUGCCUCCCUUUAAUACAAGCUCUAAUUACAGCACCAGGUUCAAAAAAGUAUUUCAUGUAUUGUGGCUGCCCUCGAAAGUCGUACUUGGCGUCCGAAGGAGUUUGGUUGUUAUUCACAAGAAAACAAGAAACACUUUAAUCCUCAGAUCUUCUCUUUAUCUCCAGAUAAUCUUUAACUCUUCAGUUCAUCUGUUCUUCAGAUAAUAACUUAGUCUGCCUUACACGAUACUGAUGAGCGAAGGAUUACAUGGAUUGUGAACUUAAAUCACACAUGUGAUAAUAAAGAACAUGGCGGCAACUAGCACGAGUCCUGAGCAAAAUGGUAACAACCGCUGACCACAGAUACUAAUAACUCCUUACUAUGGCACUGCUGUAGUAACAUGGCUCCUCAACUGCAUGUCAUGCAGUUACGACAAAACAAUAAACCUACAAGAGUCCUUAAGGCUAAACGUUCAACAAACUAUCAGUUCGAUACUCAAACCGUAGAAUCUCGAAAGCUCAAGUAACUGAUCGGCAACAGCGAAUGAAUGUUAAAUUAGUUAAUCAAAAUCAAGUGUUCACUACAAUGUUCAUUGACAAUCAAACCUUUGUAACGUCUUUCAGUUGUUCUUUGGUGGCUCCUCGAUGGGGCCUUCCCUGGUCUCCUCGUGAAAGACAUCCUCCUGGAACACUUCAUCUGCAGUCUACAAUAGAACGAGCGUGUGUAUAGGUCUGUCUAGAUAUGAUGGUGGGCGUUGGCGUUUGCCGCUAUCAUCCAAAUUCCCGUCUGCCAUCAGCAACCUGACCUUUCUGACAUAUCCGUCGUCACUUGGGUACACCUUCACUACUUUGCAAAGUGGCCACUUGUUACGCGUGCUUUCACUUUCCUUAGAGAUGACUAUAUCACCAACAGCAAGGUUUCUCUUAAGCUGGACCCACUUUUGCCUAACUUUUAAUAUUUGAAGAUACUCUCCCCUCCACCUCAGCCAGAAUUCAUUUGCUAAAUACUGAACUCCGACGUCUGCGACAGUACAUAUCGGCUCUUUGAAACUUUCCUUGUGGCGGUAGCACUCUUUCAGGUUGCAUAGUAAGAAGAUGGUUAGGAGUCAACUGUUCUGGUGCUUCUGCAUCACAUAAGUUAUCGACGCCGAAGAGGCUUGAAUUAAUAAUGCACUCGACUUCUGUCAAGAGUGUUCGCAAUGUUUCAUCAUCGAGUUGGCUACCAGCUACUACUUUUGUUGAAAAACUAGAAGCUGUUGAUUGGUCUUCGAUUAAAACUUGUGAUGAGCCAGAUAUUGCGUACAAACGCUUUCAUGAAAUGUAUACAAAGAUUUAUAACGAUUGCUUCCCUCUCAAGAAGGCGACUAGAAAGCAGAGGCGCUUUAAAAAACCGUGGUUAACGAAAGCUCUUCUUAAAUCAAUUAAAACAAAGAAUAAACUUUACAAAAAAUAUCUUCAAGUUCGAACAGUCGACAAUUGUUCACUCUACAAAAGAUACAAGAACAAAUUGAAUCACACCUUGCGUUUGGCUAAGCGUCGGUAUUAUGAAAAGAAAUUGGAAGAUGCUAAAUCAAAUACACAUGCGACCUGGAAAAUUUUAAACGAAGUCUUAAAUAGAAAAAAGUCGAGGCCUCAAUUAAAUACAAUAUUUAAGUCAGACGGUCAGGAGAUUUCUGAUCCAGUGGAAGUAGCAGAUAGGUUUUGCAGCUACUUCUCUAGUAUUGGUCCCAACCUCGCAAAGAAGAUACAGCCUCCUCCUUGUUCACAUAAAGAUUUUCUAUCUGGAUCAUUUCGAGAAUCAAUCUUUUUUAGCCCAACAACAGAGGAUGAAAUUAUUACCAUUGCUCAAUCUUUUGCUUCCGGGAAAGCGGCUGGAUAUGAUAAUAUUCCAAUGUCUAUAAUUAAGAAUCCAUUCAAAUCAUUUCGGGACCUCUGGCUCACAUUAUGAAUUUAUCGAUCGCUCAUGGCAUUGUACCAGAUCAAAUGAAAAUAGCUCGUGUGGUACCUCUGUUUAAAGCUGAUGACCAGUCACUAUUCACUAACUAUAGGCCUGUCUCGGUUCUACCAAGCUUUUCAAAAUUUCUAGAGAGAAUCAUCUAUAAUCGUUUGUAUGAUUAUUUAACUAAUUUACAUAUUCUCUGUGAUAACCAGUUCGGCUUCAGGAAAAACCACUCUACGACGCUUGCCUUGAUUGAUUUGCAUGAAAAAAUUUCAUCUGCUAUUGAUCGUGGUGAAUUAGCGGUUGGUGUCUUUUUAGAUCUCUCGAAAGCUUUCGAUACAGUCAAUCAUUCCAUCUUAUUUGAUAAACUUGAACACUAUGGUAUACGUGGCUUGGCUCUGAAAUGGAUUAAGAACUAUUUUUCCAACAGACUUCAAUUUGUAGAAUACAAUGGUUAUGUUUCGUAUCGUGCUAAUAUCAUGUGUGGCGUUCCCCAAGGUUCAAUACUAGGGCCUUUGUUUUUUCUACUCUACAUCAACGAUAUAAUCAACACGUCAACAAUAUUACAACUGAUACUAUUUGCCGAUGAUACAAACGUAUUUGUGUCUCACAAGGAUAAAGACUGCCUUACUAAUAUACUGAACGCUGAACUAAAUAAGUUGUCAAUAUGGUUUAGAGCUAACAGGCUUUCAUUAAACUUGAAAAAAACCAAAUUCAUUGCAUUUAAACCAUCCCAAAAGCGUACAAAUCAAACUAUUCAACUUUUAAUUAAUAGUCAAAAAAUUGAUCAAGUAAAAGAAACAGUUUUCCUGGGAGUAAUCAUGGACGAAAAUUUAAAUUGGAAAUCUGAAAUCUCACAUGUCGCCAAUAAAGUUUCUAAAUGCACAGGAAUUAUUCGUAAAUCCAGUUUCUAUUUAUCCACGAAAACCUUACGAACACUAUAUUUUUCUCUAGUCUAUCCAUACCUUUUUUACUGCAACUUAGUUUGGGCCUCUACCUACAGAACUAACCUUAUUCGUCUUGAGAUUUUACAGAAACGAGUGAUCAGAACUAUAGCUAAAACCACUUUCGAUGCACAUACUGAUCCAAUCUUUCAAAAUCUUGGUAUCUUAAAAUUUCAUGAUAUAUACUUAAUACAACUAGGCUUAUUCAUGUACUCCUAUCAAAACCAUACUCUACCUUUAAAAUUUCAUUGUAAAUUUACCUUACAAAGUCAAAUUCAUUCGUAUAAUACAAGAAACUCUUGUAAAUUUCGUCUGCCUUUCUGUCGUACUCGAACCAAGCAAUUUUCCGUUUUUUAUCAAGGACCUAAAUUUUACAACACCUUAAACACCAACAUCAUCAACGCUUCCUCACCUUUCUCCUUUAAAAGAGCACUUAAGGCAUUUAUUUCUAAUAAUUAUUAGUAUACUUCAACAAAAAUCUUGGGAAAAAGCCUUUUAAUAUUCAACAUUUGUACAUGUAAACUUCCGUAAUAUUGAUUAGUUUAAUUUUUCACCUGAUAUUAUACUGUACCCGUCGCCGUAAUUUUUAUGCCAUCUUCGAAAAAUUGUAAUUGAGGAGGCCUAAUUAACAUAAGCUCUAUAGUUUCUUUUAGGCCUCCUCGCCAUCUCUUCCUACAUUUUUUUUUUUUUUCUUUUGGCAUCUUUAAGUAAUGUAAUUGUGUGGCAAAUAAAUAAAAAUACCUAAAUACCUAAAUACCCAGCUUGUAACAGUAGUGGUUCAAGUGGGGUUGCGUACACUACGAAUCAUACGUUCCCAUGUCCCGCCCAUGUGACUAGAAUGGGAUACGUUCAACUUGAAUGGGAUCCACUCGCAUCCAUUCCUUAGCAAAUAGUCUUUAACACGAUCUUGAUUCAUCUCACAUAAUGCUGCUUUCAGUUCACUUCGUGCACCAAUGAAAUUUGUCCCGUGGUUGGACCUCAGUUCUCUUACAGCACCUCUCCGAUUCAUGAAACGUCUCAAUGCAUUGAUAAAGGAAGAACUCUCCAAUGAAUUGCCAGUCUCUAGUCUCUAGAUGAACACUUCGUGACCCCAUACGUGUUAACAACACUCCAUUGCGUUUAACUUCACUUCUUCUCUCUUGGACAAUGAACGAUCCAAAGUAAUCAACGGCACAAAACGAAAAAGGAGGAGCUGGUUCAAGUCUGUCGUCAGGAAGGUAAGCCAUCUUCUGCUGCUCAGUGGGCCUACGAAGUCGUCUACAUGUCACACAACUCGAUAUGAACCUCGCUACUUUUGACGAACCAUACCGCGACCCAUAUAGUUUAUUUUGAGAUGGUGAUGUUGAAUCAACAGUUCAGUCAAGUGUCCUUUCCGUGAAAUAAUGACUGGAUGCUUCAGAUCAACUGGUGUAUCUGCUCUUCUGAUACGACCACCAACACGGAUCAUGCCAUCAUGGUCCACAAACGGAUCCAAUUUGUACAGCAAACUGGUCUUUAGUAACCCUCGUUUCCUCUUUCUAGCUUGGUUUCUGUUUGUCUCUCCGUCGGUUACAUUUAAGUCGCAGAGAAUUUGAAGUUCCUCUCGGAAAUGUUCGUACUGCAAACAUCUAAUGAUGGUCUUCUCUGCCUCCUGAAGCUCUCGAAGUGUAAUUCUCAGUAUUGACUUCUCAACGUCUGUACUUGACCUUGUUACUGGACUCGCGGGUUUCUUAAUUUCCCUCCUUUGAAGCUUGGACUACAGAAGUAAGCAUAGAGCUAUGACCUUCAUAGCACGGUACCAGCUAGAUACCCAUCUAGUUUGCUUAUUUCAAAGUGAUCAGGAAAUGGAGCAACAUUUCUGGCCUUCGUGGUCAAAACGGACACUUUCUUCACCUCCGGGUCAGAAUCUUGAAGGCGUGGUAGCUCCACGUUUUCUGGUUUACAGAGUCCGCUUCUCCACAAGAAUUCUGGACCAGUUAACCAAAGAGAUCCUUCAACCAGCUGCUUUGUGGUGAGUCCUCUUGAUGCUUCGUCUGCGGGGUUGUUGUUUGUGGCUACGUAAAACCAUGCGUUGAGAUCGGUUAGGUCCCGGAUUUGCUGCACUCUGUUAGCAACAUAAGCGUGAAAUCUCUUGGCUUCAUUGUUAAUGUAUCCGAGAACUACUCGGCUAUCUGUCCAGAAGAAUUCUUUCAUCUCCGGGUACUCCAACUCAUUUCUCACGAAUUCACUCAUUCUUGCAGAGGUGGUAGCAGCAGCAAACUCCAGCCUUGGAAUAGUCUUGUGCUUAAGGGGGGUUAUCCGUGCUUUUCCGACGAUGAAGGAACAAUGAACUUGAUCGAGUUCGUUAAUCAAUCUUAGAUAACAGCAUUGACCAUAACCUUCCACUCAAGCGUCUGAAAAAUAGUGGACCUCCACUGCUUUCACUGGGCCAAAGUUGUCUGGCUUGAAACACCGCUGUAUCUCCAGUUUCUUCAACUGUACGAUUUCUCGCCGCCUCUUUUCCCACUGUGGGUGUAGAUACUCUGGAACAGGGCUAUCCCAAUCUAGCUUGUCUUUGCACAUCUGCGGAAGAAUCUGUUUACCUCUGAGUGUAACAGGGGCCCGGGACCCAUUAGGAUCAUAAAUGGAGCCAGUAGAGGACAACCCUAAACCACAUGUUGUAGUCUUAGGUGUGGAUGUUGUAGUCAAAAAAGGUGUUUGGGAUCCAUGUAGUUGGGAGUGAAUUGAUGUAUUAGUCUUAUUUGCACGGGUAGUUACUGUUAGAGAUUGCAAGAAUCCUUUCACUGCUUCGCCUUUACUCUCACUUGGAAGAUUGUCUAGAUCUUCUUCAAGGGAAGGUGUUUACUCAUUAUCAGUCUCUUUGCAUACACUUAACUUGGCUCUUCUAAGUUCAAGUUCCCUCUUAAGUUUGAAUUCGUCCAGUGUUUGCUCCUGUUUUAACCUUUGUAUUUCUAGGGCCUUCUCUUGUUCCACACAGGCUAGCUUCACCUUCAAGGCAGCUUCUUCCUGUAGAAGCUUAUAUUUAUCUACUUUAGUUGAAAGUACACUGUCUGAACUUGAUUUUGACCCGACACUUUUGGUUGUUUUACUCCUCUUUGAACCUUUAGAAAUGACAGAAUUAGACUCCAAAACUGUUUGUUCCAAAUACUUUAUCUCAUCCCUCACAUCCCUCUCAAAAACAGACCACUCACCACAAACUUGCCCCCAGAGAUUCUUGACCUUAAUUUGCUAACUCAUCGUCUUAAACUGUUUCGAAAAUGUCAUUAUAUGCAUCCACAAAUUCAUUCCACGGAACUUGUGCCUUACUAAGCUCUUGCUUCCACUUUGAUAAUUUGUUACAAUGUCCCCGAAGCAACAGUGUUCUUCUCAGUGUUCCCGUAAAACUUGACCUUUUGUUCUUGAAAGAGUUCAACUUUAGUUCGUUUUGAUAGGAUUGACCCUUUUCGGUACCUUCCUGCUACGAACUUCCGACAAAUGUUGUUCAUUUUCCACAUGGAAAAAUCCUUUGUUUUCCGCAUUCUCCGGUAGAUCAACAAUUAAAGGCGAAGACUUCUCGCAAACAUCAUCCAAACAAUUAUUUGAAGCAGAACUUACCACCUCACCACAAACAUUUGACAUUGAAGCCUCAGGAAUAUCACUCAGCUCUCGAGAUAUGACAAGUACUGAAUCCAAACGAAAGACAAUCAGAACUAACUUUCUACAAAGGUUUACACCACUUGGUAUCCAUUCAAAUCCUCCGCAGGUCGUCCGGCUUUCGUUAUGAACUUGUUGUCGUGACAGCAAUGAUUUUACGGUGGUUUGAAGCUUCACUAAGGACCACUAAGUUGUUAUUGUGGUUGGCCUCGAAAGUCGCACUUGGCAUCCGAAGGAGUUUCGUUGUUAUUCACAAGAAAAAAACAAAGAAACACUUUAAUCCUCAGACCUUCUCUUUAUCUCCAGAUAAUUUUUAACUCUUCAGUUCUUCAGAUAAUAAAGUAGUCUGCCUUACACGAUACGGAUGAGCGAAGGAUUACAUGGAUUGUAAACUUAAAUCACACAUGUGAUAAACAAGAACGUAAUGGCAACUAGCACGGCACUACGGCACUGCUGUAGUAACAUGUACCUAGGGGCAAUACCAACAAGUAUGCAAACUCGCUUUUUAUCCAUCGUGCUUCUAGGGCAAGCAGUGGUCUGUAAAAAAUGAUAUUAUAUUUUUUUUAUUUUUUAUAAUAGUAUAAUAGAUAAUAGUGAUCAUCUUCCUAUUCUCAUAAUAAUAAUAAGAGCUUUUUGAGAGAAUUAAAUUAAUGUUUGAGAUAAUUAAAUAUCAUCUGCCUAUGAUUCACUGCCACGCUGAUGAUUCACAAGUUUACAUCUCAUUUAGUCCGAACGACAGAGCUGAACAACUUGCUGUGAUGAGCGAUAUAGAAGACUGCAUCAGAGACGUUCGUUUUUGGAUGUUGAAUCUAUAUCUGACAGGGGAAACGACAGGAACACUUUCGAGUCGUCGACGUAUGACUCCAGACAGCAUGUUUGGGAUGCAAACGGUAGAUCGUUCAAAUAGAUGCAAAACAACAGUGGUGAGAGUAUAGCACCUUGGGGUAUAGUACUCCAUGUGUAAUCGGCAGAGGGUCAGAUAGGGUAGAGGCUCUUCGGGUACACUGAGGCCGGCCAGAUAAAUAGCUCUUGAACCAGUUGACAACAGCAGGUGAGGCACCCUCCAUCGAAAGUUUGUGAAGCAGUUUUAUAUGGUCAAUACCGUCAAUUGUUUUCGAAAGAUCCAGUAGGACGAGAGCGGUAAGCCUCUUCUUAUCCAUAGCCUCUAAGAUGGUAUCAGUGAUGUAAAUGUUCAAGGUCUCUGUAGAGUGGAACUUUUUGUUUCCGCUCUGGUGGGAAGACAGCCGCUUGUUUCGUAAGAGGUAAACGACAAACUGCUCGAGAACAAUUCUUUCACAAACCUUGGAGACUACGGGUAGAAGUGGUAAAGGUCGAUUGUUAGCUGCUUCCUAAUGGUCUCCGUCUUUGAGGAUAGGUAUGACUUCUGCCGUCUUCCAUGUUGUUGGAAAUGUGUUCGUAAUAAUGGAGCAAUUGAUAAUUUCGGUGAUAGGACCUAAUAUGACAGGAAGGCAGUCUUUGAUUAUACGAGCACUUACUCUGUCUGAACCAGGAGACUUGAUCGACGGGAGAGAUAAAAUGACACGGCGAGUUCACAUCCUCACGGGUGACAGUCCUUAACCUGAAGAGCUCGUCGGGUAGAAGAGGGACAGUCUCUCGGGUAGGUUCAGGAAGGGUGAUGUUUUUGUCUUCAGCAAGGUGAAUAGAUGCAUUUGCGUUUCUGCCAACGGAUGAGAAAAAGCGGUUAAAUUCAUUCGCCGUAGUUUUCAAGUCUUUUGAGAAAGUUAGCCUUUCCUGGUUUUUAGAUGGGAUGACGCGAUUAAUGAUCUUCCAGAGGGAGUUGGGAUUGUGUUUGUGUAGUUGCACCUCUUCGGAAGUGUUUUUCCUCUCCGCUUUACUGAGUCUUCUCUUGACCGAGUCGCGGGAUUCCUUGAAAUUUUUCCAGUCUAACGCGUCGCCUUCGAAGGAAACGAUUAUGAACGCGAUCCCUGGACAUCAUUAGGUCCUUGAUAUCUUGACUGACAAAAGGGCAGGGUCUGCUCCGAAUUGUGAUCGUUUUCAUAGAAGCAGGUGUGUUCAGAGCCGACUGUAGGCCCCAUUGAAGAUUUCAAGUUUAGUGUCCACGUCGGUUUCAUCGAAAAUAGUUAGCAGGCUUUAUUAUUAGUAUACAAUUAAUAAAUUCGUAUUUUAAUUUGUAAAAUUUUAUAUGUUAUUCAGUUCUCGGACUGCAAAAUGUGAAUUUUAAUAAGCCGUUUACCUAUCUAUUUAUCUAUCCAUUUACAGCGGUUAAAAGGGAUGCAGCGUUCUAAACUACAACAGGUAUGAAAGGGUUACCAAUACCAUUUGCCAGUUGAAAGGUGUUCCUUUUUAGUCAAAAAUGGUAUAUUUAACAAUUAUUCCACGAGGGCGCGUUGGAUAUGAGAUGAUAGGUAGCCAACGAGGCGCAUAGCGCCGAGUUGGCUAUAAUCAUUUCAUAUCCAACAAGCCCGAGUGGAAUAAUCGUUUUAUUAAAAACGCCCACAAAAUCUCGUUGAAUCGCCCCGACUAGAACAAACCGGAAAAGACAAGGGACUUCCGCUAUUGACAUGUCACACGUCUAUCAAAACUGUCAACGCGCGAACGGGCUCGCCUAGACUGCAUGAAUGAAAAAUCAAAACAUUGUGCGAUGAACAUUAGUUUUUUGAAAACUCAUCGUGAUUCUAGGAUUUUACACAGCAGAAAAGCUUAAAAAACCUGGCAGAUAAUGUGAAGGAAAGGAAUUUUUAAGUGACAGCCGUCGAAACUACUAUGAAUUUGGAUUUUCGGUGCAGUUAUAAAAGUAAGAACAACGGAGAAAAACUACCGGUAUUACCUCGUCGCUUGUUAUGAAGUUGUUUGAAGCCACAAGCUGGUUUUGCUGAACGAGAAAAGAAGCUAUACUGCCGCCUCGAUUGCUCUAGUGAAUGGCUGCAUAGCCUGUAUUUGUAGCUGGUUACUUGUGAUUUAUAUUCUUGAUGUUGGAUAAACAAGCUGCAGUUAUCUAUCGGCGAGUGACUCGAUCGGCGAAUGGCUUCGCGAUCACGAAGACAACACUUGUCUUCUUUCGUAGCUGGUCAAGGUACUUUAGUUCCAUGUGUUUUCUACCCUGCGAGCAGAGGCUACAUUUUCGCGGUAUGAGCUGGCGUGCGAAAAGUAGCCUCUGCCGACAACCGUUCAGUUUUCUAUCGUGCAUGCGCAAAAUUCGUCACGCGAUUCGCAAGCAACUGGUUCGUCAAAUCUGCGUGAGUUUCGCAGGAAUCAAACUUGCGUAAACUACCUGCGAACUACUCUCCUCGAGCUUUUGUUUUGUUUUCCUGUUUCGCCCCCUCUGGUUUUAAGUAAUUUAGCCCCAAAUUUCCACGGAUCGUCUUUUUUAGGAAAGUGUUUUUAUGCUAUCAACUGUAGUAAGUUCUGUCUGUUUUGCGGGGAGCACAUUUUUCCGGCGUGAAAGAUAAAAUUCGCCGACAACGCUACGCAGAAGUGAUGCUUGAAAUAAAUUGGAUGCUGUAGUCUCACUAUUGUGUUUUAAACUAAUGUUAUGAAUGAACAUAGACAAAACGGUAGUCAGUAAAAUUAUUUAUCGAAAAGUUUUAUUCGAAAACCCAUAAUUUUAUCCUUAAAAGCAAUUCGCGUAAUACUGACUGGAUCGAGGACCAUUUCACGCAAGUAAAAGCUGCCGAAGACAUUAAAUGUCAACGGCAAAAUCCGUCUCAAGUCGUACAAAACAUCUAUGAAACAACUAUAAAUACUUAAAUUUCCAUUUAAAAACGGAACUUCGUUGACCAUUAAUGUGCAAGUUGUACCUUAAAAUUCUUCAAAAACUUUGCCGCUUUGGUUUCUUUCGUGAAGAAGCCAACCAGGUUGAAGUCCUUGAGGGCGAAUCAGUGUUCAGCUAAAAGCGUUUUUUCUGCUUUUUCCACAAAAGAAAAUUGAUCGAUGAUUCUUUUGAACAUUCCGGUUCCCAUCUGUGUCUUAAAACAGUGCAUUUAGCCUCGCAUUGGGAGGCGACACAACAAAAAUCACCACAGUAUCCAUUCCUGGCAAACAAGAACUACCAUAAUUGCAUUUCUAGUAUUCUAAGAAAUGAAUUAAAACGAUUUGCUUGGGCGCAGUUCCCAUCCUUCUUCGCGAAAAAAAGUCUCAGCUUGUUUCCCAAUUUAACCGACGCGUACACCGGACCAUAUAUGGAGAACAUGAUAUUUAACAAUUGCCUUUAAAUUAGUGAAUAGGGCAAAAUAUUUACCGAGCCGCAAAGCGGCGAGGUAAAUAUUCAAAGCCACUAUUCACCGAGAUUGAGAAGAAUAAUUGUUUUAUAUACACACGAAGUGAUCUCAACAAAAUCAGAAAGGAAACCAUUCAAAAGUAGGAUUUGAUUGGACAGAUCAAAUCACGUAAGUUUAAAAAAUAGAUCUUUUGUAGAAUUUUUCAAACAUGGCAAUUCACAAGUUACUCAUUCUGCAAACAACAGCGUAAUGGCUUCAAUGAAUCGCUAAAAGUUUGAACCCGUUUCCCUUACCUGAGAAAAAAGUAGAGCUGUGUUGUUUUCUGUUGACUGCCGUUUAUAGCCAAAAGGGCAUGUUGUGUCGUUCUUUCGCAUGAAGUGCUUGACAAAAUGGCGGCUCGGUUGCUCGAGGUAAGAGGUCGUCUUCCCUGUCAUUCUUUUUCCUGUUUACUUGAAUGUAGAAUUUCGCAAACAUUUUUUUAAAUUUGUUUGUCAUAAAUAAACUUGAUUUUUGAGCCAAAAUUUUCUUCUUUAGAAAACGCUGAGUUCACGAAACGGCUUCUUCUACGCGAAUACACGGGAGUUAAACAACCAUUGAGCACAAAACCCUCAACAGUAAAUUGAAAAACGCCGUAUUGAAUCCUUCCAAGUCUUUUUUGCCUUUAAAAAGUCAGCCCUAGGAUUUUGUCGACUUUAAAAGAUCGUUCUCUAAAAAAAACGGGAAAAACACCGAGCUCACACAUUAUCCACUCGCUAGGAGGUGAAUAUUGUUGAAUAGUCCGAGAUAGCGAACCAAUCAGAUUGCUUAAAUCACCAAGAUCACUGAGUGUGUAUAUACUAAUAGCUCAUAUACCAUAACGGCUAAACCAAUCAAAAUGCUAGAAUUGCAUUAUCCAAUGAUUCAGUUUUUAAUAAAAAAGGUUAAGGGAUUGGACCUCGGGGUGGAGCCUCCCCUCCCUGUAUAAGACUUCAUGGAAUACCCCCUGGGAUUGAAGAACCACGGGUCGUGUAUUGUGGAAAUCUUUAACUUUUAUUUAAAGAUAUCGAGAGACAGUACAAGAUGAAUAUUUAAGUGAUGACAGCCAACAAGAAGAAAAUGAUAUGAGGCCAACAGAUCGAGAAACAGACAGUGACGAUGAUCAAGAAAAUACAUAAUUUUAAUACAACGCGUACUACUGUAAGUGGCAAAGGAGAAAAUUCACAACGGGAAUCAAAUUUCUUUUUGUGAAACCCUAACAAAUAAAUAGAGCAAGUCUGUGAAGGAUCUUGUUUUGUUGUUGUAAAUGGUAACAUCAUAGGGUUUUGCCCUCUCACUUUCAAUGUAAUAUUUAACAAUUAUUCCACGAGUGCGCAUUGGAUAUGAGUUGGGGAUCCAACAAGCGAGAUAGGCAUAAUUGUUUUAUUAAAAACGCCCACAAAUUAUCGACAAUUCUUCGCGACUUUAUUUGUAAAAACAAUCGAUUUUCAGCUU